AUGAAGAGCGAUGCUUUUGCAUUUAUUUCGAUGCUGGUCAUUGCUUCCCAUGCUAAGAUCAUCUCAAGUAAUAUCGACAGUGCUACAACUCAAUUGCAAAAGAGGCAGGUUAAACCUAAUUUCAAACUCUUGCUUGGCAAAAUCAAAGGCUCUAAAAAGACUGGCACUCCAGAGAAAAAGUCAAGACUCGUAUUAUUAAAAAAGCUAAAACCAAAAAAACCAGGGUUGGUUAAAGAUCCUAACCAAAAGAGCAAUCCUAAACCAUUGAAAAAGUCCAGUUUUUUCAACAAAAGUAGUCCACGAAGGUUGUCAGUACGUUCGCGUGCGCCUACACCAACACCUUAA